CUCUGAAUUGCAAGAAAGGCGUUGAAACCAGACAACAGCGGAGAAGGAACGGGAUAACUAACCACUCGAUGGAGAUAACGAAAGCAACAGCAACAUCAACAUUAGCAGCAGCAAUUCACAAUCUUUCCUUAAGCUCCUUGUCUUCAACAAUUAGACCUCGACCUCGACCUUAUUCACAUUCUGGUUUUUCUAAAUUCCCUCUUGUGUCUCGGCCAACGUCUCUCACCGCUACUUGCUCUCUUCCCAAUGAAACAACUACUUCCACAACAAAGGUUGCUGGUGCUGACACUUCUCUUCAAGUGAAGAAGAGAGCAGCUGAUUUGUCCCCUGAAUUGAAGGGAACUUCUAUUUUCCUUUUAGGAAUGAGAGGUCCUCUAAAAACCAAUUUGGGUAAGCUUUUGGCGGAUGCAUUGAGAUAUUAUUAUUUUGACAGUGAUAGUUUGGUUGAGGAAGCUGCCGGUGGUGAAUUUGCUGCCAGAUCUUUGAAGGAGAGAGAUGAGAAGGGAUUUCGCGAAUCUGAGACUGAAGUAUUGAAGCAGCUAACAUCUAUGGGUCGGCUCGUGGUAUGUGCUGGAGAUGGUGCAGUUCAAAGUUCAACCAACCUGGGACUUCUGAGACAUGGGAUCUCACUAUGGAUUGAUGUACCCUUAGACAUUGUUGCAAGGGGGAUGGUUGAAGACAAGACUCAACUUGCUGCAUCAGAAUCUCAUUCAGAGGUGUUAGAGCAGGUAGUCGCUACAUAUGAAGAGCUGAGAGCUGGUUAUGCUACAGCUGAUGCAAAAAUUUCGCUCCAGAAUAUAGCUGUCAAAUUAGGUUAUGAUGAACUGGAUUCGGUAACAACGGAGGACUUGGCAUUGGAGGUACUCAAGGAGAUAGAAAAACUGACAAGAGUAAAGAAAAUGAUGGAAGAGGCAGCAAGACCUUUUUAGCAAACUCUAGCUGUGUUUUCAACACACGUAACAAUUUUUCAUGAGCUUAUGUUUUCAUGGUAUGCCAUUAAAUGUGCAGUUAUAUCCUGCAAUUGUUUGUAAUCGAAGAUUGGCAUAUGAGGUUACAUGGUUUGAAUUGAAACUCACACCCUUGGUCAAUUACACAUAUCAGUAGAUAUAUCUGUUUUUAAUUGUUCA